GCCAGGACCAAAGGGUGCCAAGGGUUCAACGGGGGCAUCCGGUCCCAAAGGUGAACUGGGCCCCCCAGGAGCUCCCGGCCCUCCCGGACCUCCCGGCGACGUCAUCAACCCGUUCCCGCUCAUGGGCGAGCUCCGGUCGCGCCGAUCGGUGGACGCCAGCCUGCCCAUGGACGGGGAGCGGCUUCCCUUCUCCGAUUACGGCGAGGCGCCGGCCGGCCGGGGUCGCGACGCCGCCGCCGGCGCCGGCGGCACCGGCGCCAACCGGGUGGCCGAUCCGGAUCCGGACGCCUACCUGGACUACGAGGACGGCAUGGAGGAGAUCUUCGCGUCGCUCAACUCGCUCAAGAUCGAGAUCGAGCAGAUCAAGCACCCGCUGGGCACGCAGAGCAACCCGGCGCGCACCUGCAAGGACCUGCAGCUCUGCCACCCGGACUUCCCCAACGGAGACUACUACAUCGACCCGAACCAGGGCUGCUCCGGAGACUCCUUCAAGGUUUUCUGUAACUUCACCAGCGGCGGAGAGACCUGCGUCGUGCCGGAUGAGCGCACGGCCUCGGUGAAGAUGUCGUCGUGGCCUGGGGAGACCCUGGGCACGUGGUUCAGCGAGUUCAGCGACGGUCACCCGCUCUCCUACGUGGACCUGGACGGCAGGCCCGUAGGCGCGGUGCAGAUGACGUUCCUGCGGCUGCUCAGCUCGUCCGCCCGGCAGAACGUCACCUACCUGUGCCGAGACGCCGUGGCGUGGGUGGACGCGCACGGCGGGGCCGGCUCUCCGCACGCUCGCUCCGUGCGGAUGCUCGCGGCCAACGACGAGGAGAUCUCGCACGACGCGAGCCCCUACGUGCGGGCGCUGCACGACGGGUGCUCGGAGCGGAAGGGCGAGGGCCGCACGGUGCUGGAGGUCUCCACCCCCCACGUGGAGCAGCUGCCCAUCGCGGACCUCAUGCCCGGAGACCUCGGAGGUCCUGGGCAGCAGUUUGGCUUCCAGCUGGGGCCCGUUUGCUACCUCGGCUAGAGGGCCGCCCCCUCUCGCUCCCCCUCCUUCAAUCCCUAAUUCUCUCACCUCCUUCAAUCCCUAAUUCUCUCACCUCCUUCAAUCCCUCAUUCCUUCACCUUGAUCAAUCCCUCAUUCCCUCCCAUCGCAGUCUUCCAUGCCCAUCACAACCCUCCUCCCUUCCCUCCCUUCGUCCCUCCUCCCUCGCCCAGACGAUGCAAUCACUAAAAGAAAACGGGCGUGUUCGUAAACUUGUAAGGCACGGAGUUACACACGGCGUGCAUAAACCACAGCGAAGGAAUUUUAAAGUCGAGAUAUGAUUUGAAUGAUUAAAGUAAAAUGUUGUUCGUACCUGUGUGCAGGUGCGAGGCCAGGUCAAUUAUUUUAUUUUUACAAGGUUGUUUUUUGUUGUUAAUAUCCUCCAUUAUUAUUAUUAUUAUUUGUCGGCGUUAUUGUUAUUGCUGUUGAUGUUUGUUCCUGUCAAUGGUAAUGGACCUUACGAUUCUUUCUUAAAAACACCUUUUUUUUUUGGAGGUCACUUUACUGCGACCCAUCCCGACUUGUUUGAGAAGACACUUGAAUUUGCGAAAUCGCCCUCAUCGUCGUCGUCGUUGUUGCCAGGACUACCACUACUGUCUCGGUAACCGUCGUCUCAACCCGCCGAAGAAAAAUCCCAGGCGCCUGAAGAAAAUCUUGAAAAAGAUGUCGACUUUUUUUUUUAUUAUCUCGGGACCCGCCGAGAAAAAAUUUCGAUACACAAUUCACAAUUUCCAAAGUUCAUUUCACACGCAGGGACGUCUUUUGGUUUAAAGCCCUUAAACCAAAAUUUUAAAAAAAUGGCGGCCGUCACAACCCCGUGAUCACGUGACCUCCGCUCCGACCAAUCGGGCGCGGGGCCUUCCGCACGCGACCGUGACUCUUGCGUCGUCAGGCCAAUGUUGACCCAAAGGUGCCAACCGCGUGCCAGCGUCCACCCCCGCCCCCCAACGGUUGGCACGGUUGCUGUGCCAACCUCACAGGAUGGGCGGCUCGCAAAGCAGCACGUGACGGAGUCAGAUGAGCAGACAGACAUGAGACAACGGGGGGGGGGGGGGGGGGGGCGGUACCUCGCAUCCGGAUUCCCGCUCUCGCGUAGAGAGGGGAACGACGCGAGCGGGUGGAGCGGGAAGGCAGCGGAAGGCACGCGGGGCGAGCGCUGGCCCCGAUCAAUCGCCCAAGCUCUGCCGUCCCCUAUCUAUAUAUGGCAAAGAUAUUCCCAGGCCAAUUGAGCGGUUUAUACCUGGCAGGAAAGCGGAGCGCCCGACAAAGGGAGACCCCACGGCGCAAUGCGACUGGGGUGUCAAACACUGUCCCCCACGGAUGGCGCCCCAAAUGUUUCCGGCUACCGCCUUGCUUGCCACCCAAACGGGGUUACGCAACAUCUGCGUGUGGUGAUUCAUCAACCCUCGCCGCCGCCGCUGCCGCUGUUGUUAACCUCCGCACGGCCACGGUGCUGUUAACUUUACAGUCAGCCGGCAGCAGCCACGUGCAGCAUUGUAGCCACCGCCACCACCACCACCACCGUCGUCGUCGCAUUCAUUCAUCUCAACCUGCCCACGAUGAAGAUCGCUGCAUGCGGUAGCCAGUGCCGUCGAGCGCCCGUGCUACCCGCGCCGGCGGCGGCAGGAGAGUUUGGGUCGUGGUUUUUGAGACGAUACUUUAAAAAAACAAUGUAAUUCUGUAGAGGGGACAUUGUCUGCUUGUCUGUCCUGGUCACGUGUAUCUCUUGCGCACUGGUCGGCUGUUUUGGUCCACAGUUCGUUCGACUAUUCGAUCGACUAUUCGGUCGACUCUUCGGUCGACUAUUCGGUCGACAAUUCAUUCGACAAUUUGGUCGACUAUUUACUUCGUGUUACAGAUACCAUGGUGCUGCCCUCCCCCCCACCCAACGCUAUGCAGUUUAUUUGUGUGCCAUAGUUAUCCGUUGAUGGUGCUAACACAAAGUCGUGUUGAAAAAUUUGGAAGUAUUUUUUCAAUUGUAAAUUUGCAUCUUUAAAAAAAAAAUAUCGUCGUUUAUUAUUGUUAUUGAUAAUAAUUACGUGUAACAUUAUUAUUGCCGUCGUCGUUGUCGUCGUCGUCGAUGUCAUUGCUUUGCAAUACAUUGGUUGGGUUUUUC